AUGGUAUUGGGGAAGGUCAAGGUUCCUUGGAAAUGUAAACAGUUUAUUGAUGAUAUUUGUGGAAUUUUGCAUAGAUUUAAUAUCAAGCUGUUGGUUGGGCUGGUUCUGGGGUCCUUUUGCUUUGGGCUGGUUCAUGUUGCUGGGGGUCUCCUGCGCCCUGCUGGUUUUGGGCUGUUCACGUGCACUGUUCAUGUGCACAGCUUGUUUAAUGCAGCUGCUGGCCCUCACUCUUCGGUUAUCUUCUAUCUUCAGCUGGGUUUUGAUGGCCUUUUACCUGGUUUUUCAGCUGGUCUCCGUCAGCUGUCUUUUCUUAUGGUGUCUGCUGGUUCUUGGUCUGCUGCCUGGCCUUCAUUGCAGGCUGCCACAGUAGCUGAGCACUGUUCACACAACCGUUCACGUGAACUGCCUGGCUCCUGCUACAGCUGUUUUUCUGCCGUGAUCAUGCUGCCUUCCCAGCUGGUUUCAGCUUCUCAUGGAUUUGCGUCUGUCAGCUGGUUAUGGAUCUCUUUCAGCUGCUGCUCUCCUCUUUUUCAGCUGGCACAGUUAUGUUUUGGUUCCAACAGCUGCUUUCAUACGGUUGCUCAUGGUGUUCAGCUGGACUCUCAGCUGGAUUUCAAUUGGGUUCUAGCUGGAUUUCCAGCGGGUUUUAUGCAGCUAUUUAGGUCUUUAUUGAGCCUGCCUGCUUGCCCAAGCUGGUUCAGCUGCAGCUGGUCUCCUCACCUUCUCUCUGCUGGGGCUCUAUGGAUUGUCUCUUCUGCUGAACUUUCAGCUGGUUUUAAUGGUUCUCCAGCUGGAAUUUCAGCUGAUUCUCAUCUUUUUUAUGGCCUUUGCGCCUUUGCUUGUCCUGAUGCUGCUUGGAUUAAAGCCAACUUUGGCCUUUCUCUUUUUGUUCAAGCUAUACUUUUGCUUCUUGAUGACUUGACAGCCACACUUGUACAGCAGUGUCACCAGUUCAAAUUUACUGUACAGAGAAUCAUCGAGACUGCUGGGGAUAAUGAGGCCUUGCUCUUUGAAGCCUUAAAUGUGAAUGAUGAAAUUCAGAAAGUCCUAUCCAACUACGAAGAAAUGAUUAAAUCUUCAGGGAUUCCCCGGGAGCCAGAACCUGCAAUGAUACCUAUUGCUGUUGAGCCUGAUGAAUCGCCUCGCUUAGGCAAAGAAGAGUCCCUGAUACGAAAACCAGGAGGAAAGAUACGUGCUAAACUUGUGUUAGAACUUAAUGGUGUUGGUGGUGUAGUUAUAGACGAGGGGAGUGCUGGAGAGGCAGGAAAAGCAGCAGCUCAGAGUGGCAUGCGCAAGUCUAUUUAUUGCCCAUGUCCAGCUGGUGACACUCCAUCAUCUGCUAGAUUGUUUGACGCUAUUGUCAGUGGGUGUAUUCCUAUUAUUAUUAGUGAUGAACUAGAGCUUCCAUUUGAAGGGAUACUUGAUUAUCGGAAGAUAGCUUUGUUUGUUUCUUCGAGCGAUGCUGUGCAGCCGGGAUCACUUUUAAAGUUCCUCAGAAGUGUUAGUCCUGCUCAAAUCAGGGCAAUGCAAAUGAACUUAGCUAAGUUGUCAAGGCAUUUCCUAUAUUCCCAUCCAGCUCAACCUAUGGGUCCAGAAGACUUGAUUUGGAGAAUGUUAGCAGGUAAGUUGGUGAACAUCAAGCUUCAUACCCGAAGGUCGCAACGUGUAGUGAAAGAAUCUAGAAACCUGUGCACUUGUGACUGCAAGCGUGCCAACUUCACAAGCCCAGCUCUGUUGUCUUGA